AUGUAUCUAUUUUAUCUAUUUCACUUCUUCAAAUCUGUUUCACUCUCUUCAUAUCUAUCUAUCUAUCUAUCUAUCUAUCUAUCUAUCUAUCUAUCUCUUUCAUUCUGUUCAUAUCUAUCUAUCUAUCCUUUUCAGUUUGUUCAUUAUCUAUCUAUCUAUCUAUCUCUUUCAUUCUGUUCAUACCUAUCUAUCUAUCUAUCUAUCUAUCUAUCUAUCUAUCUAUCUAUCUAUCUAUCUAUCUAUCUAUCUAUCUAUCUAUCUAUCUAUCUAUCAGAAUACUACAUAAUCAAGCUAUUUUCAUAUGAAAAAGUCCUUUCAAACUAUCUAUCUAUCUAUCUAUCUAUCUAUCUAUCUAUCUAUCUCUUUUCAUAUCUAUCAAUCUCUCUCUUAUUUUCAUAUCUAUCUAUCUAUCUAUCUAUCUAUCUAUCUAUCUCUUUUCAUAUCUAUCAAUCUCUCUCUUAUUUUCAUAUCUAUCUAUCUAUCUAUCUAUCUAUCUAUCUAUCUAUCUAUCUAUCUCUUUUCAUAUCUAUCAAUCUCUCUCUUAUUUUCAUAUCUAUCUAUCUAUCUAUCUAUCUAUCUAUCUAUCUAUCUCUUUUCAUAUCUAUCUAUCUAUCUCUUUUCAUAUCUAUCAAUCUCUCUCUUAUUUUCAUAUCUAUCUAUCUAUCUAUCUAUCUAUCUAUCUAUCUCAUUCAUUAUCGAUGUAAGUAUCACGUUAUAUUCAUUAUCUAUCCGUCUAUCUCCCUCUCUCUCUCUCUAUAUAUAUAUAUCUAUCAGCCUAGUUCAAUGCAUUAUCUAUCUAUCUAUAUCUAUCUAUCUAUCUAUCUAUCUAUCUAUCUAUCUAUCUAUUUCAGUCUGUUCAUUAUGUCUCUCUCCCUCUAUCUCAGUCUGUUCAUUAUCUCUCUCCCUCCCCUCCCCCUCUCUCUCUAUCUAUCUAUCUAG